AUGCAGGGAGUGGAAAUUGAAGAGCUAACUGUCAGUAGUUCUGAGAAGUGCAUUGUUGAUAAUGAAAUCACCAAGUUAUUAAUGAAAGGGCUAAUUGAGCCCACUAACCAAGAAUCAGGGGAGUUUAUUUCUACCAUUUUUCUUCGCCCGAAAAAAGAUGGGACCUUUAGAGUAAUUUUGAAUUUGAAAAGGUUAAAUGAAUUCGUUGAAUACCAUCACUUUAAGAUGGACACUAUUUAUACUGCAAUACAUUUGAUGAAACAGGGCUGCUUCAUGGCCUCUAUUGAUUUGCAAGAUGCAUACUAUACUGUACCAGUAUGCCCUAAUCACAGGAAGUAUCUAAAAUUUUCUUGGCGAGGACAAUUGUAUCAAUAUUCAUGCCUGCCAAAUGGUCUGGCCUCAGCCCCACGUAUUUUUACAAAAAUCUUGAAGCCAGUCUAUGCAUCACUGCGGAAUAAGGGGCACAUCUCCUUCGCGUAUAUUGAUGACUCAUACUUGCAGGAUGACAACUUUGAGGGUUGUAAGACAAAUGUCCAUGACACAACCACAAUGUUUGAUUCAUUGGGGUUUAUUCCCCCAUCAGACCAAGUCAGUAACCAUCCCUGCCCAACAACUUGUUUUAUUGGGGUUUUUGCUUAAUUCUAAGGACAUGACGGUCUCUUUAACCUCUGAUAGAGCCACAAAGCUUAAAACUGCUUGCAUAAAUUUGUUAGCAAAGAGGAGACCUUUAAUUCAGGAGGGUGCACAUGUUAUUGAUCUUAUGGUGGCUAGUUUCCAGCCGUGACCUUUGCACAGCUAUUCUAUCGGGCUUUAGAAAGGGAUAAAACCCAAGCUCUUAAACUGCAAAAAGGUAAUUAUGCAGCAAAUAUGACCCUAUCACAAGAUGCUCUUGCUGAUUUACGGUGGUGGAUAUACAAUAUUGAGACAUCCUCCAAACCUGUUCUGGCCAGCCAGCCAGAUAUGGUCAUUCAAUCUGACGCGUCACUAUUAGGCUGGGGUGCCCAUAGUGAUGGAAAGCAUGCAGGAGGCCCAUGGGGAGAAACCGAAGCUAAGGUACACAUUAAUGUGUUAGAAACAACUGCAGCCUUUUUAGCAUUGCAGUCUUUUUGUUCUCGAACAAUUAAUAAACAUGUUCGAUUAGAACUUGACAAUACCACAGCUGUAGCUUAUGUGAAAAAUAUGGGUGGAAACCAGUCCUCAGAAUGCAAUGCAAUGGUAAGACAAAUGUGGAUUUGGUGCAUUCAGAAAAACAUCUGGGUAUCGGCAACCCAUAUCCCAGGUGUCACUAAUGUAGAAGCAGAUAAAAAAAAAUCCAGGCAAUUUGAUGACCAUACAGAAUGGGCAUUAAAUGAUCAAGUUUUUGAUAGGAUCUGUGUAAAAAUUUUUAAACCCCAAGUGGACUUGUUUGCAUCCCGGCUUAACAAGAAGUUAGAGCAAUAUGUCUCUUGGCAGCCAGAUCCUAAGGCAGUAGCAGUUGAUGCUUUCAGCAUGAACUGGGCUACUAAAAGCUUUUAUGCUUUUCCUCCUUUUAGCCGGUUAACAAAAGUUUUGCAAAAGAUCCAGGAGGAAUCAGCAGAGGGUAUACUGAUAAUACCCCUGUGGCCUACACAACCAUGGUACCCUGUGGCAAUGCAAAUGUUGGUCAACCACCCACAGAUUUUGCCCAAAAUGCAACGUCUACUUUACUUACAUCACAAUCUGGACAGGAUGCACCCACUACAUCAGAAACUCAGACUACUGGCAUGUCACUUAUCUGGAAAUCACUCCAAAGUCAAGGCAUUUCAAACCAAGCUGCCCACAUCAUCAAAUCAUGGCGAAGCGGAACUGUCCAGCAGUACCAAACGUACCUCAACAAAUGGGCACUUUUCUGUAGUGAAAGGCAAGUUAAUCCGAUUUCUCCCUCUCUAACUGAUGUUUUGGACUUUUUUACUGUACUAUUUGAUGAGGGAGUUCAGCAUAGUGGCUUGAAUACAGUUCGAUCAGCAUUAUCUGCCAUUAUUCAAUUACCAGGGAACAUACCU